GCCCGUAUUUCUUGUCCCCUUUCAUCGCCUGCGCCGCCGCGCGUCAUUGCCGCGACAGCGACCAGCGCGCCCCGUCAGCGUCUUCCCCUCCCUUCAGCUCGUCAAAGCUCAAAGACCAGCGUGGGUAGAAUGGGCGGACGAGGCGAGGCGAGCUCGGCAGCCAUGACGGCCUCCUCAGCGCCUCUCCUCCUCCCCCUCGCUCCGGCGCCGGCGGCGCGGGACGAGGUGCGGCGGCAGGUGGGGCUCGCGGCGCCGCUGGUGGCGUGCAGCCUGCUGCAGUACAGCCUGCAGGUGGUCUCCGUCAUGUUCGCCGGCCACCUCGGCGAGCUCCCCCUCUCGGCCGCCUCCGUCGCCUCCUCCUUCGCCAACGUCACUGGCUUCAGCGUCCUGCUGGGAAUGGGAAGCGCACUCGACACAUUGUGCGGGCAAUCAUAUGGGGCAAAACAGUAUGAUAUGCUAGGGACGCAUGCUCAGAGGGCUAUCUUCGUUCUUAUGCUUUCAAGUGUUCCACUCGCCUUUGUAUUGGCCUUCGCUGGCCAAAUUCUUACUGCUCUUGGUCAAAAUCCAGAGAUAUCGUAUGGAGCUGGAACAUACGCCCGGUUGUUGAUUCCCGGUCUUUUCGCAUACGGAUUGCUUCAGUGCCUUACCAAGUUACUGCAGGCCCAAAAUAUUGUCCACCCACUGGUAGUUUGUUCUGGGGUGACGUUGAUAUUCCACAUUGUGCUGUGCUGGUUCCUUGUUCAAAAUUCCGGUCUUGGCUACAGAGGUGCAGCUCUGGCAACCUCGGUAUCUUACUGGUUCAAUGUGAUAUUGCUAGCACUGUAUGUUAAAUUCUCUGAAGCUGGCAGAAGGAGUUGGCAUGGAUGGUCAAGGGCGGUGUUAAAGGAUGUGAACUUGUUUUUAAGUCUGGCCAUUCCAUCUACAUUUAUGACCUGCUUGGAGUACUGGGCAUUCGAGAUGGUGGUUCUCCUUGCAGGUUUUCUUCCAAAUCCAAAACUGGAAACUUCAAUUUUAUCCAUCAGCCUAAACACAAUGUGGAUGGUUUAUACAAUUCCAAGUGGCCUCAGCAGUGCAAUAAGUAUUAGAGUGUCCAAUGAAUUAGGCGCCGGGAAUCCACAGGCAGCACGUCUAUCAGUUCUUAUUUCAGGAAUUAUGUGCCUAGUAGAAGGCCUCCUUGUAGUUAUCAUCACAGUUUCUGUACGAGAUGUGUGGGGUUAUUUGUACAGCAAUGAAGAAGAGAUAGUAAAGUAUGUAUCAAUAAUGAUGCCAAUUCUCGCCACUUCUAACUUCAUGGAUGGAAUACAAUGCACGCUAUCAGGUGCCGCUAGAGGUUGUGGCUGGCAAAAAGUAUGCUCCUUCAUCAACCUAUGUGCUUACUAUGCUUUUGGUAUCCCUUCAGCUGUUAUUUUUGCAUUUGUUCUGAAGAUCGGUGGUAAGGGGCUUUGGCUGGGAAUCAUAUGUGCCAUGGUAGUGCAAAUACUAGCUCUGCUUGUGAUGAUGCUUCAUACCAACUGGGAUAAAGAGGCUGAAAUAGCCCGGGCUAGGACUAGAGUUCAGGAAUCAGAUGACACAAUAACAUUUGCGUGAAUGUCAUCAUUUCUGGUAUUUAGAGAAAAGGCCUAUGGGCUAUGGUCCAGCUUUUCAUCCAAAGCUUUUCCGGAGUUGGAUACAGUUGAAAGAAAACAAAAGCCAGGGGUUGCCUGGUAACCAUAUACAACUACAAAUCUACAAUCAAGGAUAAACCAGGUCACCUUUUCUGAUUGUUCCGCCA